AGUACAAAAAUAUGAAUGAAGGAGGGCAAAAAAACAGUGGGACUGAGGUCCCACUGGUAGCUCUGUCAGAGGCACAGAAUGAAUCGCUAAAAGAAAAGAUCCCACUACCCUACUGGGAAGAGCUACCGCAUUCACAUUUUAGUAACGCAGACGGGACUCCAUCUCUGCGAAAUAUUAUGCUUCACUUUUUGCGCCAGGGCAGGCUAUCAAAGGAAGAUGCCAUUACAUUGACAACGCAAGCAGCUAUCUUGUUGCGGAAGGAGCCAAAUACGUUGACUCUUCGCGGCCCUGUCACGGUAAUUGGUGACAUUCAAGGGCAAUUUUAUGAUCUUGUAAAGAUAUUUGGUUUUGGUGGAAAUUUCACUGAAAAUCAAUACCUUUUUCUUGGAAACUAUAUUGGUAGUGGGGGAUAUAGCUGCGAGUGCAUUCUAUUUCUAUUUGCUGCAAAGAUAGCCUAUCCAAACUCCAUAUUCUUAUUACGUGGAAACCAUGAAUCACGUAUAAUGGCUAGUAUUCUUGGCUUCGAACUGGAAUGUUCGAAAAAGUAUUCCAGUAAGGUCUUCAAUCGCGUUAUGGUGGCUUGCCAGUAUCUACCCCUUUCUGCUGUUGUAUCAGAACGCUAUUUCUGUGUUCAUGGCGGGUUAUCACCUGAUAUUUCCUCCAUCGAGGAUAUCAAUUAUAUUCAUCGUUUUAGAGAAGUUCCUACAAAAGGUGCUAUGUGUGACUUACUAUGGUCUGAUCCUUACUGGGAUGUAGAGAAUCCAUCAUCUGCAGGUGACGGUGAAACGGAGUAUUACAGGCCUGGUGCAGGAGUAUUUGAUACCAAUCCAAUUUUUUUUGAGAACGAAAGACGCGGUCUCAGCUUCCUGUUUAACUUUGCCUGUGUAAGACAUUUUACUUCCGCAAAUAAAAUUUUAUGCAUUGUGCGGAGCCACGAAGCCCAGAAUGAAGGCUAUAAGCUGUACCGACCCCAUCCGAAUGGUAACUUUCCUUGCAUGCUAAGCCUAUUCUCAGCCCCUAAUUAUUGCGGCACCUUUGAUAACAAGGGCGCAUUUGCUCGUCUCACUGAGAAUAGUGUGAAUAUAAAACAAUUUUUCUGCUCACCACAUCCAUACGGAUUGCAAAACCUUAAUGGCGUAACUUGGUCGCUACCUUUUGUUACAGAUUGUUUGCAGAGCAUCAUUUGUGAACUUUUUGUUGAAAAAAAGUGACAGAUUGUGACGAAUUCGAAUUCGGUAUUGGUAUCGAAUCGUGCUGGAGUAUUCAAUAAUAAAACAAAAAUUGUAAUAGAAACAUCUGUUUUUGCAAAAUGAAGAUGCUGCAUGUAUACCCCUUUACCUUUUUAGAUUUCCAUUGUUCACUUACUAGCCCAUGACAAACUAA